CUUCCAAAACUGCCUUGCAUCUUUUUUAAAUUUCAUUAAUUGUUGGAAAGUACUUCUGGAGCUUGGAUUAAGUGUUGUAGCUGUUGUCCUUUUAUUUUUUAAAUUAAAUUAAAUUGCUAGUAAAUGGAGCCGAUGACACUGGGCAGUCCCGUCAGCAGUCCGGGCAGCAAUCAAGGCCAGUAUUUGCCGCCAUUUCUCAUGUGCGAUGGCCAAACAAUGACGCCCCACAACAACACGCUCUCCCCCAAACUGGGACGCUACAGCGUCAGCUUUGCUACAUCUCCCGGCAGCAACACGCCACAGGAGACCAGCUACAGCAAUCCGCAGGCUUUCAAUCGAUCCGGUUUGAUUGCGAAUCGUUCGCUCUUUGCCGGCUGCUCUGGUGGGACACCUGCUGGUAGGACAAACAAUAGUCAUCAGGCUGGACCGCCCACGCAAGGACUGUUCGAUACGCUGCGCACCGAGCAGGUGUCCACUGCCGCUGCUGGUGCUGCAACAGCAACAACAACACCAAACAUGCAGCAACGCAAUCAUUUGGCCAUGUUGCAAACUUCGCAAUUGAACAGCACCAACUACAGUCUAAAUCAGAGCGGACAUCCGCCAACGACACAGCUAAAUGAUUCGUAUGUGUCGAGUGCACCAAAUGCGGUGAAUGCCUCGAUGCGUGCCCUGUGCUCGCCACUUGGUGCCACGAUGUCGCCACAGGCACGUGGCGCUGAAUUUUGGGUAACCAUAUUUGGUUUCUCGCCCGGCGCCAGUUCAAUGAUACUGCAUCAUUUUGCGAUGUGCGGCACAAUUGAGGAUGUGGUGAAUGCACCACAGAAUGGCAACUGGAUGCACGUCCGCUUUGGGUCGCGCAUCGAAUGUGGCAAGGCCCUCAACUACAAUCAAAAGAUCAUUGCCAGCAAUGUGAUGGUGGGCGUAACCCGUUGCACCGACGACACUAUCAUCGACAAAGGGAACGCCCGACUGCUGGGUGCCGAGGGCACACCGGCACCGCCGUAUAGGCCAAAGGUGCGUCCGCUUGCCCAGGAAUCAUACAACAAUGCCCAGUAUGACAGUCAGGUGUCGCCCAACAGGAACAAUGUGCCCCAGAAGAGUUCCGGCCUGAUGAACAAGGCGAUGGAUCUGUUCUUUGGCUGGUGAAUGUCUCCCAAUGAAUGCAAGCACAAUUUUUGUUGUAUUUUUAUUGCUCUUCACAUACUCACACACAUACACACACGCACACACACACACACGAACACACUCGCACACACACAUUGUUUUGAAAGUGCAACAAAAGAUUCCUAAUGCAUUCAUUUAUAAAAUAUACAUUUAUAUAUAGAUAUCGA